UCGAGAAAUGUUUAACAAGAAUCAAGCUCAAAAGUGGUGGGCGGAGAACUAUGACAAAGUCAUGGAGCUCUAUAAUGUGAUGAAGUUAAACCGCCAAGCAUUCCCUUUACCAACACAACCUAGAAGCAUUAAAGAUAAAGAACAGAGUUUAAAUAUUGAAGCAUCGGAGAGAGGGGGAGAGACUCCCGUGCAACCGCUGCCCCUGCAUGAUAAGGAGCGUAGUGCGCCCGUCAUCUACUUAGAGCAGCAACAUUCAACAACGCAUAGUUAUGACGGUGCCAAGACGGAGACCUCAUCCAUGACGACGACCAGCCUGUCUCGUGAUGAGGAGGAAUUCUCCAUAAGCAAUGCCAGUGAUCUUGAGAGUGAAUGGGUGGAGCAGGACGAGGGUGGUGUUUACAUCACCAUCAGAGCUUUGCCAAGUGGAAGACGAGAACUCAGACGCGUUAGAUUCAGCCGUGAAAAAUUUGGCGAGAUGCACGCCAGAGUAUGGUGGGAGGAGAACAGAGCUAGGAUACAUAGGCAGUACUUAUGAAGCAACACAUGUUGAUACUUAUACAUACAUAUAUAUGUGUGUGUACACACCAUUUCUGGCGUUGCCCUUUGUUUUUUUGCAACAACAAUAGAUCGAACUCAGAUCAAGAAGCAAUUCAUCUUAUGCACGUGGGAAUGUUGUCUUACUAUGUUUUCUAUAUCACCAUGUACAAUGGAUGAAUUAAGAGAGCAUUAAUAGCUAUGCUUCAAGUCUACCACUACAAAGUAUACGUAGUAUACGGGAGUUUACAUAUACCAAGGAAAAAGUAUACUUCUGGGCCCUCUUGUAUUUUCAAUAUUGAAAUAUAGUCUCUCAAUUUUCUUUUUUGCAAACGGCAUUUCUUAUAUGCG